AUGGGCUCCAUCAAUCCUACCAAGUCGUAUGAUGUCGUCGUCGUGGGCGCGGGCUUCAGCGGCAUGUGGCACUUGUACCACCUGAGGAAAGAAGGGUUCUCGGUUCACGUGUUUGAAGCGGGCUCCGACUACGGCGGGACCUGGUUCUGGAACUGCUAUCCCGGCGCGAGAGUCGACACGGAGAUUCCAGUGUAUCAGUUCACCGAGGAGACGUCGGUGAAAGGGUGGAACUGGACGCAACGGUACCCCGACCGGGACGAGAUUCAGCGGUACUUCCACCACGUCAGUCGCCUGUGGGAUCUGGAUCGUGAUGUUUCCUUCAACUCCCAGGUCACGUCGCUAGAAUGGGACCCUUCCAGUAAAUCCUGGCUGGUGGAAAUUGGCGGCGGUUCAGGAGAGAUCGUCCGCGCACAGCACGUCAUCAUGGGUACAGGGUUUGCUGCGAAGCCGUAUGUCCCGCCGUAUCAAAAUGUCGAGGCUUUCCAAGGAGUCAAGACACAUUCAGCACGAUGGCCAAUGGACAACAGUAUUGACGUCAAGGGGAAACGCGUGGCCGUGAUCGGGACGGGCGCCAGUGGAGUGCAGCUUGUCCAGGCAAUCUCCAAGGUUGCAUCUCAUCUCACUGUCUUUCAGAGAACCCCCAACAUGGCUCUUCCGAUGGGACAGGACGAAGUCAAGGAGGCUGACAACCAGCGCCUCAAAGAGAACUUUCCAAAAACCGUACAGAAGAUUGGCACCACGUAUGCCGGUUUUCUCUACGACUUUGAGCCAUCAUAUGGUAAAGACGCAAGCGAAGAAGAGCGCAACGAGCUGUGGGAGCGACUCUUCUACCGUGGUGGCCUGCAUUUCUGGCUAGGCAAUUACCUGGAUCUUUUCGAAGACCGCGAGGUUAACGCCGCAGCCUAUCGCUUCUGGCGCAAGAAAGCUCUCGCUAGAAUUACGAAUCCAGACGCAGCCAAGAUCCUCGCCCCAGAGACACCGCCGCAUCCCUUUGGUGCCAAACGAGUCAGUCUCGAACAGGGGUACUUUGAAUGCUUCAACCGCGACAACGUCACUCUGAUCGACGCGAGCAAAACGGGAAAUCCCAUCACCGAGUUCACCGCGGCAGGGAUCAAGACCAAGGACGGCGUCGAACAUCAAUUCGACGUUGUCGUCUUCGCGACGGGCUUCGACGCCAUCACAGGAUCAAUGACCAAGAUCAACAUCCGCGGCACGGGAGAAUCGAUCCGCGAGAAAUGGGCCAAGGCAGUCUACACGCACCUCGGGAUGACCACGCACGGCUUUCCCAACUUCUUCUUUGUGUAUGGUCCACAAGCCCCCACCGCGUUCGCGACGGGCCCAGCAUGCACCGAAACCCAGGGUGCCUGGAUCGUGGAGUGCUUGAAGUUCCUCCGAAGCAAGAACUUGCGGUCGAUCGAGCCGACGCGAGAAGCGGAGACGCAGUGGCGCGAUCAUGUCAACGACGUGACCGGUAAGACUCUCUUGAUUGAGGCGGACAGUUGGUAUUUUGGGGGGAAUAUCCCGGGAAAGCCCAAGGAGGCGCUGAAUUACAUGGCAGGACUGCCCGAGUAUAGACGGAGGAUCUGGGACAGUGCAAAGUCGGGAUACUCUGGGUUUACUCUGGAGUGA